GAAAAGCGACGCGCUCCAAGGGUUCAUCUGAUUGACUUCUUUUGCGGGGAGAAUUGAUUGGCAGGCCUGUUAGCCAAUUAGCGGGCUGCACUGUACCAUUUCCUUCCCCCUUUCCCUUUGCUUGCUUGCAAAAAAGGAGAAAAUGCCUUUGCCUUUAAGACAAGUCGCUGGUGCCUGAGAAACAUCUGCGCGCAUGAUUUGCAACCCAGCGGUUUGCCGUGAAGAUGGCUUUGUUAAAGCUGUUGCCGCAGGUUCCCGAAGAUGAAGGCACCCAAAGGUGCAGGCUGGGGCCUGCUAUAUUCUCUGCCCUGGGUGCCACACUGGGCUCCCCGGUGAAGGUCACCCUCCCUACUGGCAGCUGUCUCUGUGCCGCCUGGCCGAGGCACGAUUUGGCCGAUGGCUAUUUGCAGGUCGAUCUCAAGUGCAGAACUUUGGGCUUAAAGGAGUGCUGGCCCCAAAAUCUCACUGUGAGCAUGGACCAAUUGAAGCUCCUGCCUUCUUGCAAGCUCAGGAGAGUGACAGUCAAAGCCAUCUUUAAGAACCGUGCCUUGAAAAAAUCCACUCCGAAAACCAUGGUGCAGAACAUGGUUAAGGAACUUCUGAGAAAGGUCUACGUUUCUCCCCAUCACGUCGUUACCUUUGCGCCAAUUCAGGGCAAUCCGUUGGCAUGUGUUGAAAUAUUGUCCAUGGAGCCUGCCACCACAGAAGAAGCCGGUUUGGUCACCCUCAAAACUGGUGUAACUGUCAAAGAGGCAGUCACACUAGAUUGGCACAACAGUUCAACGGAGGACAGCGCCAAAAUCCUGGUGGCGGGCAUGAACGACGCCAGCACCUCCUUAAAAGAGAUGAUCGACUUGCCCUUGCGUUUUCCGAAAACCUUCCAGAAGCUGGGCCUUUCUGUCCCUAGAGGAGUGCUUUUGGUGGGGCCUUCAGGAGUGGGCAAAACACUUCUGGUGAAAUCGGUCGCCAGGGGAAUCGGUGCCAGCCUCCUUUGCAUCGACGGCCCUAUAAUCUACGGUUCGAGGCCCGGCGAAAGCGAGGAGAACUUGCGGCGAGUUUUUGAACAAGCAAGAGAAUUGUCCGACGAAGGACCGGUUGUUCUUUUUAUUGACGAGAUCGACUCGUUGUGUCCUAAACGGGGAAGUUCAAGUAACGCCCCGGAAAAUUGUCUGGUGGCUCAAUUGCUAACUCUUCUAGAUGGCAUCGGGGGAGAAAAUGGCAUAGUGAUCAUGGCGGCGACAAAUCGACCCGAUGCCCUGGACCCUGCACUUAGGAGGCCAGGCAGACUGGACCGAGAGGUUAUAAUCGGGACGCCAACCAUGAAGCAAAGGAGGUCUAUUCUGCAGUUGAUUACUGCUGGCAUGCCUGUGUCGAACGAUGUUAAUUUGCUUGAACUUGCAGAAAUAACCACCGGUUAUGUUGGAGCUGACCUUACGGCGCUCUGCAGAGAGGCUGCAAUGCAGGCUGUGUUUCGUGCCUCUUCGGAGUCAAUUGACACAGUGCACAUGUCAGACUUCCAUGAAGCAUUGAAAAAGAUUCGGCCGUCCUCUGUUCGAAGUGGAGUUGGGCUGGCAGACUUCAGGCCUGUCACCUGGGAUCAGAUUGGUGGCCUUGAAGAUGUGAAACUCAAGUUAAAACAGAGUAUUGAAUGGCCUAUAAAAUUCCCAGAGGCUUUUGUGAGAAUGGGGCUUGCCCGCCCGAAGGGCAUCCUUUUGUAUGGACCGUCAGGUUGCGCCAAAACUACGCUUGUAAAAGCAGCAGCCACAAGCUGUCACUGUUCCUUUCUGUCUGUGAGCGGCGCCGACCUUUUCUCGCCUUACGUUGGAGAUUCGGAGAAGAUUUUGUCUCAGGUAUUUCGUCAAGCAAGAGCCAAUGCACCUGCAAUUGUGUUCCUUGAUGAGAUCGACUCUAUCCUGGGAUCUCGGUCAGUCAGUAAAACAGGGCGUGGCGUCCAGGAGAGAGUUCUUUCUGUCCUCCUUAAUGAAUUGGAUGGCGUUGGGCUGAAGUUAACGGAGAGGAGAGGAAAUAAAGCCGAGCUGGAAAACGACAGUCGAGAACAAACAGAAAAUGAUAGAGAGCUGGAAUUUCAGGAGGUUUUCAACAAAGAUGUCGUCGUCGUCGCUGCAACCAACAGACCAGACAUGUUGGACGAUGCCUUGUUGCGUCCUGGACGGUUUGACAAGAUCAUCUAUAUUCCACCUCCAGAUCGGAAGGGAAAGCUUUCUAUUUUGAAAAUCUGCACUGAAAAAAUUCCCGUUGAUCCCGAUGUUUCUCUAGAGGAUAUAGCAGCUUGUGCUAAUCUGUUCUCUGGAGCUGACCUUGAAAAUCUUUGCAAGGAGGCUGCUUUAUUGGCAUUGCAAGAGAACAAAGUUGAAGCAACACCUGUGAAGCAGAAACAUUUUGAAAAAUCCUUGGAGAUCAUCAAACCGUCGCUAACCAACGAAGAUCUGGAAUUUUAUGAAAAAAUGUUUAGAAAUCGGGAAUGAUUCUUGUGAAAACAGUAGGGGCUUAUUAUCCACAUUGACAUAAGCAACAACUCUUGGCAAUGAAUUCAACACAUCUGUAAAGAGAACAGAGGGGAUGUGGUUGUUUAUUCAUUUAUUUAGAGUGUAAAUUUCUCCAUCGCCUCUUCAGACUUCUUCAAGGCAGCUCAUAUACGUCACAGAGGUUUCUCUUGGGAUUACAGUGAAAUUUAGAUCCUGUGGAUAGAAGAAGUCCCUACCAGAGAAGUCUGGCUGAUAAAGAUGAUGGACUAUGCCGAAAUGGCGAAAAUGACCGGGAGAAUUAGAAACCAAGAAGACAAAAGCUUUAAUACAGAAUGGGGGAAAUGUAUAAGCUACUUAGGAGAACACUGCAAAGAAUUAAAAACCUUGGCAGGAUUGGAAAAACACUUGUGAUUUCGUAAGAACUAGGGUAUAAUGAGGAUUUUGAGGAAAAUAUGAGAUGCAGGGCAAAACGGAUUAAUAAUGGAACCCAUGGAGGGAAGUCCCAAGAUUUCAGGGAAUCCUAUAUACUUAACAUUUACAUUCACAUACAAGUCAUAAUCUUAAUUGUGAAACUGAAUAAAAAAAUUUUUAGAUCCUAUGCUGUGGGGAGAGGUUUCUUGGUGACAUUAUGGACAGCAGCCAAGCAAACUGGCGGGACCAGUUUCCUCUUGUGCAUAUAAAGAAAAUGCUGUGAGUAUAUUUUCAGAGUGGUCCCAAGAUUGUGGGUUUUUUAUGUGCCUACCUUAUGCCUAGUUGAUCAGCUUUCCCAGUUCCAAUAAAGACUGUAGCCAUGGAGCUUAGCUUAACACUGGGUGACUUAACGCUGAGUGGUGCCCAGAAUUUGAAGUGCUGUCAAACUGCUCUGGAAAAUUUACCACAGUGCUGAUGAAUUCUGCAUAUUUAUAAAAUGAAAAAUUCUUCCAAGAGUGAAUUACAGUCACAUUUCUGCUCUUUUUUUACAUAAAUAAUUUAAUCAUCUCAUAAUAAGGUAAAAUGUGUUUUAUAACUGAAUAUAGCAGAUUUGUAUCAUAAUAUUCAAUAAAGGUAUCCAAUUUUGUAA